AUGGCCUCCCGCUCCUGCGCGGCCCAGCACCCACCCCGCCCCGCAGGCUCGGGCCGCGUCCCCUGUGCGCUGCGGGUGGGGCGGCUCGGGAAGCGUCCAGAGUUGGGGACCCGAGCAGGCCCGCAGUCCCUGCGGCCUGGGACUGUGCGCGCCGGAGUCGCCGAAAACUGUGCACCAGACCCCGCAGAGGGACUAAACUGGGGGACCCCCCCCCCCCAUACACACUUCCAGAAAGUCAUCGGCCAGUUUCUGCUGGAGCCCUUGGGGACUCCGCCCACGCCGCGGGUCUUUCAGACGUCCCGAGGCCAGAGCAGGGGACUGGAGGGCGGCCCGCACCUCCCCGCCCCGGGCCCUCCCCCGGCCCACGGUCAAUCCCGAGGCGGCCAGGCCGGGAGCGGCCCCGGGGCUCAGCCUCCUUCUGCUCCGCCCCGGGCGGGCGGCGCAGCCAAAGUCGCGGGCCAGGGCCGUGCGUUCCCCUCCAGCCCCGCGCGGGCGCGCAGCGAGUGUCCGGACCAGUUCAGCCCAGACGGCGACAUGGAGCCCGCGGGGGCGCCACCCCCAAGUUUGGAGGCGAUGGAAGCUGCGCGCACGGAAGCCCCGCCGCCGGCCGAGGAGCAGCCCGUCUCGGGGGCCCCGUGCACCCAAGGCGGCAGCUCGGAGGCGUCGAGUCCCCAUCCCGGGCGCCUGUCCCCCGAGGAAGAGGAGGAGGCGGCGGCGGCGGCGGCCGCCCUGGAGCACGAGGCGUUGCGGGAGCACCGGCGGGGCCGCCGCGCUCGCUCCUUCUCCCUGCCCGCCGAGCCCCUCCUGCAGGGGGCGCGGCUGCUGCAGCGCCUCGUCCCGGGGCUGCUCGCCGGAGACCCCGCCCGGGACGCGCCGCCUCCCGGCCCCUCCGGCUGCUGCGCCAAGUGCAAAAAGCGGGUGCAGUUCGCCGACGCCCUGGGGCUGAGCCUGGCCAGCGUGAGGCACUUCAGCGACGCCGAGGAGCCGCAGGUGCCGCCCGCCGUGCUGUCCCGCCUCCGCAGCUUCCCCAUGAGCGCCGCCGACCUGGAGCAGCUGCCGGCGCUGCUGGCCGCCGCCUCUGCGCCCCUCGCCGCGCCCGGCCCCCGCCUGCGGCCGCACUUCCAGCUGCCCGGGCCCCGCACGGCGGCCGAGCGCCUGCGCCUGCAGCGCGUGUGCCUGGAGCGCGUCCAGUGCCCGGCGGCCCCGGGCGCGGAGGUGACGGGCUCCGGCCGGGUGCUGGGCUGCCCGGGGCCGAGGGCCGUGUGGGUGCGCUACACCUUCACCGAGUGGCGCUCCUUCCUGGACGCGCCGGCCGAGCUGCGGCCCGAACCCGCCGAGCCAGAGGCGGCGGCGGCGGCGGCGGCGGCGGCGGCGGGGGCUCCAGGGCCCGGGGAGGGUGAAGAGGAGCCGGGCGCCGAGCGCUUCUAUUUCUCCCUGUGCCUGCCGCCGGGUCUGCAGCCCCGGGACUGGGGCGACGCGGGGGACAUGGCGGGCGGGGCUGUGCACUUCGCCGUCUGCUACCGCUGCGCGCAGGGCGAGUUCUGGGACAACAACGCGGGCGCCAACUACACGCUGCGCUGGGGGCGCCCGGCCCAGGCGCCAUGAGCCCCGGGCCCCGACCGCGCUGAGCUGGGGCGCGCGGGUGUGCGGGGACCCGGCCGGACACUCUGCUGCGCGCCGUCCAGCGGGGGCCCCGGGCACUCGCUCCCCGGAGGACGCACACUCAGCCUGGCGGGGAAAGCACCGACCCUCCCCGCCCCUUUCUCUGGCUUCUGGAGGUCUCGCCCCACGGCCCACUGGAAGGAGUCUGCGUGGC